AUUUUCUGUUUUCUUUUAUUUUUCAAGUUUGGUUUUGCAUGAAAAUUAUACUGUUUUUUUUUCUUUCUUGUUUUAAUUCUCAAUCUCAAUUGUCAUUGUUUUUUUUAAUCUUAUAAAUUUUAUUCUUAAGUUUCUACAUUUUUUUUUGUUGAAUUCUGCAUGAUGGUAUAAUUUAUUUUCUUUGAUCUGAUUUUUUUUAUCGGCAUUCUUGUUUAUUCUCUAGAUAUUAAUAUUAAUAUUAAUGAUGUGAAAUUGUGAAUGGUCAUUCUAUAUAUAAAAAAAAUUAUGUUUCUAUAUGGGAUUAAUUUUUGAUGUAUUAAGUGGAUACUGGAUUCUUGAUUUGACAAUAGAAUCAAUGGUUGCUUUUGUUAUAAAUAAUAAAACAGUGACAAUUUAUGUUUCUGUAUAUAUAGAACUGGUAUUUGCCUUUUGUUUUUGCCUUGUUAAGACAAUUUGGCAUAUGAAACUGUCUAAAUCAGUAUAUCCAUUGUACAAAUUGGUUAAUUUUUUGUGCUAAAGUUGGUUCCUUUUUUGUUCCAGAAUCAAUUCAUCUUUCCUCAAUUUUUAGUAUUAAUUAGCAUAUCAAGAAUAUCGGAAGCAGUUUCUCUGCCCUUUCAGGGUAAGGGUAAUUUGCUGUGAAGAUUUCUCUUGUGAAUUCAUUUUAAGCAUAGCAGAAAACUAGAUUGAUACCGGGAUACUAUGGAAGGCGGUCCUCACAAAGCUGAUAAGACGGAGUUUACAGAAUGUUGGAGGACGUCAUGGAAAACGCCUUACAUCAUGCGUCUCGCCUUUUCUGCUGGCAUUGGAGGGUUGCUGUUUGGUUAUGAUACCGGUGUCAUUUCUGGUGCAUUGCUUUAUAUUCGGGAUGAUUUCAAAGCCGUUGAUAGGCAUACUUGGUUGCAAGAAACCAUAGUAAGCAUGGCGGUUGCAGGAGCAAUUUUUGGAGCAGGAUUUGGUGGCUGGUUUAAUGACAAAUACGGUCGGAGAAAAUCAAUUCUUUUAGCAGAUAUCUUGUUCUUUAUUGGUGCAAUCGUUAUGUCAGUUGCGCCAGCACCGUGGGUGAUAAUUAUUGGAAGAGUUCUUGUCGGUUUAGGAGUUGGAAUGGCUUCCAUGACAUCUCCACUUUAUAUCUCAGAAGCUUCCCCAGCUCGGAUUAGAGGAGCUUUAGUUAGCACGAAUGGUCUGUUAAUUACGGGUGGACAGUUUCUAUCUUAUCUUAUCAACUUAGCAUUUACCAGGACCAAAGGAACUUGGCGAUGGAUGCUGGGGGUAGCUGGACUUCCUGCUUUGAUUCAAUUUAUCCUAAUGCUAUCUCUCCCUGAGUCACCUCGAUGGUUGUAUAGAGAGAACAAAAAAGACGAAGCUAGGGCUAUAUUAGAGAAGAUAUAUCCGGCUCAUGAAGUUGAAGAUGAAAUGAAAGCUUUGGAGAUUUCCAUUGAAGCAGAGAAGGCUGAUACUCAAUUCCUUGGAGCGGGUAUUUUCUCAAAAGUCAAGAGUGCUUGGAGCAACACUGUUGUUCGUCGUGGUCUCUAUGCUGGUAUUACUGUCCAAGUGGCACAACAAUUUGUUGGAAUAAACACGGUCAUGUAUUACAGUCCGACGAUUGUACAACUGGCUGGAUUUGCUUCUAACAAGACAGCUUUAGCGCUCUCGCUCAUAACAUCUGGUCUCAAUGCUGUCGGUUCUAUUGUGAGUAUGUGCUUUGUCGACAGAUUCGGGAGGAGGAGGUUGAUGAUUGUCUCCAUGUUUGGUAUCAUAGCAUGCCUAGUAGUAUUGUCUGUUCUUUUCAUGCAAGCUUCUUCACAUGCCCCGCCGAUUAGUGCCUUUGAAUCCAAUCACUUUGGAUCAAAUUCCACAUGCUCAGCAUUUCUAAAAGCUCCCGAUGCAUCUUCCUGGAACUGUAUGAGUUGCUUGCAGUCCUCCUCAGAUUGUGCUUUCUGCUCUAAUGGAGACAACAAAUAUCAUCCCGGUGCAUGCUUGUCUCUAAAUGAUGAUGUUAGAGGUUUAUGCCGAUCAGAAAAGCGUGCAUGGUACACAAAAGGUUGUCCUAGCAAGUUCGGGUUCUUUGCAGUGUUGCUUCUCGGACUGUACAUCAUAUCUUACUCUCCGGGAAUGGGAACAGCACCUUGGAUCGUCAACUCUGAGAUAUACCCCUUAAGAUACAGAGGCAUUGGUGGAGGUAUAGCGGCCGUUUCUAAUUGGGUAUCUAAUCUUAUAGUGAGCGAGUCGUUCUUGACUUUAACGGAGGCAAUUGGUUCUGCUGGUACAUUCCUUUUGUUUGCUGGAUUCUCUGCAAUCGGCUUAGUCGCCAUAUUCUUUCUGGUACCCGAAACGAAAGGCCUGCAAUUUGAGGAAGUUGAGAAGAUGCUUGAGAAAGGCUAUAAACCGAAGUUAUUUCGCAAGAAAACUAGCGAAAAGACAGCAGAUGCAAGCUAAGUUCAAGUCAGUGUGACAUUUUUUGCUGGUAAUUUGUCCCAUAUUUAUAGAUUAUGGCGAAAAAUAAGCUCUACUGCAACAUGAAAGUGAAGGUCUCUGAUUGUCAAGAUACUGUUUUAUAGUCUUUUAUAAUGUAGAUGAUCAGAGAGUAGAACAUUUUGGUUUUUCAAUUAGACAUUUCAAAUGCCAAAGUGACAUUUUGUUUUAUCUUCUCUAGAUAUCUUUGCUUCGCUUAAUAUCUUCUUGUUGUUACAGUCAAAUCUCUCUAUAACAACCUCAUUUGUUCUGA